AUGCUGUUUGAUCAUGAAAUGAAAUCCUCUUCUCACAUCAUUAGAAUGGGGAGCGAAACAACUGCCGCUGCUGCUAGCAUGAGCGCAACCCUGAUGCGAAAUCUUAAGAUCUCUGUUGCUGCUGCUGCUGCUGCUGCUGCAUUAGUAGAGGCGGCAGAGGAGCAGCAGCAGCAGGAGGAGGAGGUUCAGGCCGAUGACUCCUCCUGCAGCUCUAAACAGGAGGAGCCCACACCUCCACCUGCAACUGGGGGCUCAAAGAAGACCCCCUCUCCUGGAGGAAGCCUCGGCCUCGGCCCCUACGACUACGACACCUCAAACCCCCCUGUGCCCCUGGGAAGCCUCAGCACCGCCCUCAACAACAGCAGCAGCAGCAGCCUGGCACAUGAUCCCCCUCCUCUAGGCUGCUGCGUCCCGGCGGCUCUCAAAUUUGAGGAUCCCAAUGUGGGGGCAGACCCCAUCCUUGAAAUGCAGUCCCCUGACUACUCCCUUUGGGAAUCCAUAUUCUCGGACGAUCAAGGACUGGAGGCCACCGAUUUCAUGAUUUGCUCGCCUGUCAGGACCACUACCGGCACCGGCACCAAUACUACCAAUUCCAACAACAGCCACAGCCACAUGAUGCUCCCCCUCUCAUCAAACUACCAUCACAAUUACAACAUGUAUACCGCCGCCGCCGCCUCUCCUCCCCGGUUUCCCUCCCCUCUUGGCCUCACCAGCAGCAGCAGCAAGGCGAGGGGGUUGAGCCCUCUCCACAGGGUUUUCAACUCACCAAACAACCAAUUCAUGCACGUUGACCAGGUUGAGUGCCUGUCCCUCCCAUCUCUCGACACCCUUCUCGGUGAUGAGGAGGAUGCUGCUGCUGAUCAUUUUGUGGGAGGAGGAGGAGGAGCAGGAUCUUCCUGGCCAGGCAAGCUGCCAGCUGCUGAUUCAGGGGAUGGCUAUGAGGUCCUCACGGCGGUGCCUUCAGAAGAGCUGCUGUUGGACUGCUUGCCAAUAAUGCCUACUCAUUCCGCAAGGUCUUCAACAACAGUGAUUGCGAGUAAUGAGGAAGCUUCUGCCCCGCAGGCCGCGUCCCAACACAGCUCUCUCUAUCAUCACCACCACCGCCGCCACCAUCACCAUCAGGCUCCGCCAUCACUGUCGCAACAGCUGCAACAGGAGAGGCAACAGGAGCAGGAACGGGAAUGGGAACAACGGCAGCACCAGAAACAACAUCUCGAGCAACAACAACAGCUGCCGCCAGCAAGAAUUCAAAGACAGGAGGCGCAGCAGCAAAACCAACUCCAAAAUAUGCACAAUACGCUGAUGGUGCCAAUUCCAGAACCUGAGGAACAAGACAGCGGGCUGCAGCUCGUGCACCUCCUCCUUGCUUGUGCAGAAGCUGUAUCGAAGGAGGACUACAUGUCAGCAAGGAGGUAUCUCCACCACCUAAACAGAGUGGUCUCGCCCCUUGGAGAUUCCAUGCAGCGUGUAGCAUCAUGCUUCACCGAAGCCCUCACCGCAAGGCUUGCCGCUACCCUUACCAAUAAACCCAGCGGCGGCGGCGGCGGCGGCGGCGGCGGCGGCGGCUCCUCCUCCUCCUCCUCUAACUUGAAGCCUUUCAAUCCUUUCCCCCCUGACAACCUGGAGAUCCUCAAGAUCUAUCAAAUCCUCUACCAGGCCUGCCCCUACAUCAAAUUCGCCCACUUCACUGCCAACCAGGCAAUUUUUGAGGCAUUUGAGGCUGAGGAGCGCGUUCAUGUGAUCGAUCUCGAUAUCCUCCAGGGCUACCAAUGGCCUGCCUUCAUGCAAGCUCUAGCAGCCAGGCCAGGUGGUGCCCCCUUUCUUCGGAUCACCGGAGUUGGGCCCUCCCCGGAGUCGGUAAGGGAAACUGGGCGCUGUCUGACUGAACUAGCUCAUUCUCUUCAUGUCCCCUUCGAGUUUCAUGCCGUCGGGGAAGAACUUGAGGAUCUCAAACCCCAUAUGUUCAACAGAAGGGUGGGCGAGGCUCUGGCUGUUAACUCAGUGAACAGGCUCCAUCGGGUGCCCGGAAACUGCCUGGGGAACUUGCUAGCCAUGAUCAGAGACCAAGCACCAAACAUAGUGACAGUAGUGGAACAAGAGGCCAGCCACAACGGGCCCUACUUCCUGGGGAGGUUCCUGGAAGCCCUGCACUACUACUCGGCGAUAUUUGACUCGCUGGACGGGACAUUUCCGCCCGAUUCAGCGCAGAGGGCAAAGGUGGAGCAGCACAUAUUGGCACCGGAGAUCAGGAACAUUGUAUCGCAGGAGGGGCCCGAGAGGACAAUGAGGCACGAGAGGCUGGAGAAAUGGAGGAAAAUCAUGGAAGGAAAAGGGUUCCAAGGAGUCCCACUGAGCGCGAAUGCGGUGACGCAGUCCAAAAUACUCCUGGGACUGUACUCUUGUGAUGGAUACAGGCUGACAGAAGACAGGGGAUGCCUGCUGUUGGGGUGGCAGGAUAGAUCUAUUCUUGCUGCGUCUGCAUGGCGGUGCUAGCUGCCUAAGCUGAUCAUUGGUUGAUUGAUAUACAUAAGUACUCAUAACAAACAUACUUACACGUAUCAUGUAAUCUUAUGCAUUAAUUAUACAUUACUUUCCUUUUUUUCAAAGAAAAAAUACUGGAGUACUACUUUGCGUGUUGGUUGGUGUCAAUGUGAUUGUCCAGACGCAAUACAUUGUAUUCGGAUGUGCUUGGAUCGAUUACCAUCAUUAGUUCAGAGUUUGUUUGGCCUGAUCAAAAUUGUGAA